AACAUGGUUGAAAGCUAAUGGACCCCUUUCCAUCCACUCAUUGGCUAAAGGAGACAAAAACCACCUCUCCACCCUCUUUCAUCUAUCAUGCUCGACCAACCAAGCAAAAGGAGGAAGGAAAGAGCUCUGCAAACCAUCCCCAUAGCUGAAAAUUCGAGCUCAACCUAAGGGAGUCCAAGGAGGAAGAUUAAAGAAGGAAAAAAGUUGGGAAAAGUGUGAUUAAUUAAGGCACUUGUAAAGGGUAUUUCAAGUGAUUUCACAAAGUUGGAAAAGUCACCGGAAUUGUCGUCGGAGUUGACCAAAAGUCGCCGGAGUUUCACCGGAGUUCAACCAAGAAGGGUAGAACUUCAUAACGCUAGUUCAAGGUUGAAGCUAGGGCUUGCUACUUGCACCUUCUUACGGGUGAUAUCAACUCAGGAAGACGUGGUUCGUGCUUCCUUAUUUUCUUUCAAACUACCGAACACUUGCUCAUGGAUAUUUGUUCUACUAUAAACUGUUUUUGGGCCUGCAUGCCCAUGUUGUUGGCCGGUUGUGGCUUAUGACUUACCAUUGAAUAUUUCGGCUAUUCACUGGUUUAAAUGUUAUGUUGUUAUGUAUGUUUACUACUGAGUAUGGAUGAAUUAUUUUCUCGAACGCCUUGUGUAAUUAAAUGAGGUUGACUCGCGGGUGACGUCACUUGAUUAUACGGCGGUUGUACACGCGCUUGGAUUGCGGUCUGGGGCGUGACAUAACUAGAAAGGAUCUAAAGGGAAAAGAGUUGCUCCUGGUUUUAAACCUUUUCAUUCACUACCAAAGUCCAAAACUUCUCAAGCACAUCUUGCUUCUAAUCAUAAUCCUCAAGAAACUGCUAAAGACUGUGUCUCUCAAGAAAAUGCCCACUUGGAUCUAUGCAACCCUGAUAUGUACAACAAGUUCUUACAAUUCAUCAAAACUCAAAAUAAUACCCAUUCUUCUCCUCAUGCUGCAACGAUCGCUCACCUAGUUGCACCCAUUUAUUCUACUAACACUACUUCAUUCCUAGGUAAACACAUUGCUCUAAAUAGUUUUAUUAAUUCCACUACUUGGAUUUUAGAUACUGGUGCAUCAGAUCAUAUGAUCUAUGAUGCACACUUAUAUACUUCUAUGAUUAAACCUAUUUCUAUAAAACUUCAAAUUCUAAAUGGUUAUUUUAUUACUGCAACUCAAGUUGAAAAUGUUCAAAUAAAUAACAACCUUACCUUUCAUAAUGUUUUGUAUGUACCUGAGUUUCACUUUAAUCUUAUUUCUGUUUUAAGCCUAGUUUUACAUGACAAUCUUUCUGUCAGCUUCACCUCUAAUCAUGCUUCAUUGCAGGACCAGCUUACCAACAAAAUCAUUGGUUAUGCUGACUUGAAAAAAUGGACUCUAUCAUUUCAAAGCUCCUCUUUCCACUGAUAUUUGUGCUCAUCAUAUUGCUCAUUCUGUUUCUAGCAAAGGCGAUCUUUCUUUUAAUAUUUGGCAUUAUAGACUAGGUCAUACUUCUUACAAUAAACAGAAACUCUUACCUGAUUGUAAUACAUCUUCUUCAGAUAACAGAAGUGUUCCUUGUGAUAUUUGUCAUUUUGCUAAACAAAAAAAAUUACCUUUUCCUGACA